AUGAAGUUCGCCACCGUCUUAGCCCUCAUGUCCCUGGCCACUGCCGUGACCGCGAAGCACUACUGCUUCGGCGGCUGCGUCAAGUGCUACUGCGGCGACGUCAACUGCAAUGAAAACGCAUACAAAUCGACCGACCCCAACAACCAGCAAGGCAGCUGCGACCUUCCCGAUGGCUUCCACCUUGGCUGUGGCUACAAAACCGGCGGAAAGUGUCUCUAG